AUGACCGCUUACGGCAGUUUCCCGCAGUACGAGCUGUUAGAUUCCGAGGGGUACGGGUCGGCUAGCAGCCCGGAGUCGAAUCCGCGCAGCUGGACCCAUCAAGAGGUCUACCCUCAGCCUCCACGGUCCAGGGGUAGUAGCUGCGGCAGCGUGAGCUCGGUCGACUGUCAGAAUCGCGAGUACCAAGAGAUCGGUACCGCGAAUGGCAGCUUUCACGUCACCGCAACCGGUUUCAAUUUCACCGAGUUCUACGACGGCUACUACCAGGAAGGUUUUCGAAACGAUCAUCAGACCGGUCACCCCAACAACGGGAGGGCCGCCAAGGAGCACGGGAAGGUCGUGUUCAGGAUGAACGAAUGCGUCGAAAGCAAUUACGAGAGUGUCCCGGGUCGAACCGAGUUCGCCAACGAGAAUCUAGCAGGCAAACCAAGCUCCGAGGUCUCGCCAAAAUUGGAUCACCAUCCCGGCAACGUCUACGGCAGCAGGUGCGAUUUCGUUCAGAACCAGGAGAGCUUCUUCGCGCCGAAGGGUUACGGUGUCCCGAAAGGUGACGGGUUUUUGCUUAGGAAUAACGGCAAUCCGUAUGGCCAGAGGGCCGACAUUCUUUAUUUGGGGGCCGCGUACAGCGUCCAGAGGAACGAGGGCUACGUUCCCAGCAGCCAGGGUAAGUGCGAGCCGUCAUCGAGGUACCACCAGAAGAACGACGGUCUGCACAUCGCCGCGAUGGAGUACAACGCGCAGAAGACCAAGGAGACGAUGCAGAAGAUGAAGAACGGCACGCCGGGCAUCGAGGUGCUGAAGAAGAGGCGGCUGGCGGCAAACGCGCGCGAAAGAAGACGCAUGAACAGUCUCAACGACGCGUUCGACCGACUCAGGGACGUCGUGCCCAGUCUCGGCAACGACCGAAAGCUCAGCAAGUUCGAGACCCUGCAAAUGGCACAGACGUACAUCGCGGCUCUCUACGAGCUACUCCAAAGGGAGUGAAUACAUCGCUCGGCGAAACGCUGCGAAUUUGUCCGAUUCGUCGAGCUCCCUUUUCUUUUUACGGGGAGGAGGAAUACGUAUUCUUCCCGGUGUGGAAUACUCCGAGUACAAAAGAUGUCGAAAGGUGCGACUCUCCCGUACGUGACGUCGACGGCAAGAAGAAUGGCACUUCUUUGACGAAGGAGUAUCGGUACAUUGCCAAAACAGGCUUCGCGAGGUUUCCAGUUCUUGUAACUGGAGCAAGGUUUUUUGGAUCGUCGCGAAGUCUUAAAUUGCUGCGACACGGGUUGCGUCGCCAACGGCCUCAUUGUUCCCCGAUGACGGAGACGAAAAUGGUCUUAACCCGAGCGAACCACGCGGACGGACGUUGACGCGGAGAGAAAACCAUCGGGGGACGAACCGCGCCGGGGACCGAGUAGAACACCUGGAGCAUCCGUUGCGUGAUCUUCGAUGUUAAUUGAAAGAAAAGUAAGUGGCGCGUAGGGAAAAGCAUAAGCGUGGUGCGCGAUGAUCUUUUUUUUUUGGAGCUUGUUAAGGGGCUGAAGUUUUUUUUCGAUAUUUUAAAUAGCAGACUUAGGUAAAUUUUCAAUGAAACGAAAGUAGUAAAUGAGUAUUUCAAAUGAUUUCUGUUGGAGCGUUAUUUUUAAUACGGUUACUCGUAUAUAUGAAGAUAAUAUCGUUUCGUUUGAAGUAAUGGAUAUUUCGAGUAAUUUAUUUCGUAAAGUUGUUUGCGAUACAGUUAUUUGAAAAUAAAAAUGAUAUUAAUUCGUUUGAAAUAGUAGCUGUUUAAAAUAAUUUAUUUCGUACCGUUACUUGCAACGCAGUUAUUUGAAGAUAAAACUAUCGACCCCAUUUGAAAUAAUUUAUUUCGUACCGUUAUUUGUGAUACAGUUAUCGGAGAAUAAGAAUAAUAUAGCCACUUCGUUAUUUUGCUUUCAAAUUUAACGAACGAAAUAAUCUUCAAAAUAAUAUACGAGAGGAAGUUGUUACAAAAGAA